AUGAGCCAAGAGCUGGAGGCCAUCUUCAGAGAGCUUGGUAUCGCCCAGUACCUCGACACGUUUGUUGAGCAAGGCUUUGAUACUUGGGAUACCAUUCUCGAUAUACAAGAGUCUGAUCUUGAUGCUUUAGGCGUCAAGCUGGGCCAUCGCAGAAGACUUCAGCGGCGAAUUGCCAACGCAAGGGGAAUCGAUCCCAGUAUCUCGCUCUCAUCAAUAAAAUCCACCUCGGAAGAAUCAAAACACGAUGGAGCUCAUAAAAAGAGAGAGCCUCCUAACCACGGCGGAGACAUUAUUGUAGUUCCGAAACGCAAAUAUCGGCGACACCCCAAGCCCGAUGAGAAUGCACCUGAACGACCGAUGUCCGCAUAUGUGCUUUUCUCUAAUAAGUUGAGGGAAAACUUGAAAGGGGACCGCAGUCUUUCGUUCACAGAAAUAGCUAAGCUGGUCGGAGAAAACUGGCAGAGCCUCCCAUUAGCAGAGAGGGAGAUAUAUGAAGCGCAAGCAAGAGCCAGCAAAGAGCGGUACUAUCGGGAGAUGGCAACCUAUAAGGAGACGCCGGAAUACCGCAAGUAUAUGGAAUAUCUCGAAGAAUUCAAUGAGAAGCAAGCCAAACCCAAUCAAGGCCACGAGGACGCGAAACGAGCAAGACUCGAGAAGAAUGAACUUUUGCACGGGAGUAGUAGUGCCGGAAGUAGCACCGUGGGCAGCAGCAUAGCGAUGGGUGGCUCAACCUCAACUGCCAGUGGUAGCAGCAGUGAGAGAAUGCGUGAAAGUGAAUCUCGAGAGCCCCCGAAUCUUCGGCAUAACAGUGGGAACUCGAUCUUGUCUGUGUCGGACUCGCAGCAUUCCUCGUUAGCCUCAAUGCCAUCUCCAUCGGCGACACACUUUGACGUUGACAUAUCCGCGAAAAAUAAGUCACGCCACUUGCGACGAGGCUCCUCGUCAUUAAGAGGAAUAACACACCAAGCCGAUGUACCACAACCAUACUUACCAUCACUUUCGGAUAUGUUGGCCCCGGGACAACGGAAAACAAGCGGCCCGGUGACUAAAAAUGCCGGGUUUAUGCAUGGCUUUGCAACAGCUAACCCCAGAAUGCCUGUAUCUCACGGAACACACUCGUUGCCACUCGCUCCAGUACCGCCACUCUAUCAUGAGACGUCCUCCAGUGGCAGCAGCGUACCGACAACGUCAAGCAGAGUUAGUCGGAAAUUGAGCGAUGGUCAUCUGUCAAUCCAUGCACUAUUGUCAGACCAUGAUCAAACUCCCCACCACAGAGAUGAGAGCCCGUCGUAUACGACUAGCUACGUUGCUAGUCCAGUUGAGCGAGGGAGGCCAACCUUUGGACAAUUCCAGGGUCCUAAGGGAUACGGAUUCCAGACAGCUUCCUCUGCCUUUCAAAACAUGAAAGUCGAGGAGACAAGCGAUGGCGAUGUGCUGAUGACUUCAGCAGAUGUACCCCUUUCUAGUUCCAACACCAUCGAGGUAGGUGGGCUUGAUGGGGUGAAUGCUUUAUUAAAAGCCGGCGAAAUAUUCGGCCAUCACGGUCGUACUUGA